AUGGCGGAUUCCUCGCUGCAGGAUCGCCUGCGCGAUCAUGCCAAGGCGUUCGAUGGCCUGCUGAGCCUGAUCCCGGCCAAGAUGUACUACGGCGAAGACACAAGCGAUCAAUGGAAAAAGGAGAAGCAGACGAAACAGGAGGCCGCAGCCGCCCGCAGAGCCAAGCUAGACCCCGACAGCGCCUUGAACCGCAAUGCCAAGGAAAUCAUGGACGAGCGAGCCAAGAACAAGCGGAAGCUGCGGGAGAUGGAGCAGGACGACAACGAGCCCGAGGAGGCGUACGAGCCCAUCGCUGGCGUCGAGACUGAGAAGCCCCUCGAAGGCUUGAAGCGGAAGAACCCUGACAUGCCGCAGAAGAAGGCCAAGACCAACGGCGACGUGGAAGCCGAGGAGGGCAACGGUGAGGCUGAAGAUGAGGCACGAGAUGUUGAGGCUACGCCGAAGCUGUCAAGAAAAGAGGAGAAGCGAGCGGCGAAGCGGGAGAAAAAGGCUGAGAAGAAGGCCGAGAAGAAGAUGAAGCAGGAGUCGGGCGAAGCAGCAGCAGCAGCAGCAACCCCAGCCAAGACGCCGGCCAAGACCCCAGUCAAGGGAGCCACCGAGACCACCACCACCACCAGCACGCCUGCGUCGAAGAAGCAGAAGAACAAGAAAGCGGCAAAGGAAGCAGCUACACCCUCAAAACCCCAGCCGACUCCAUCGAAAUCACAGAACGUUGAUGUGAAAGCCUCUGACAAGGCGGAGGACGAGAUCAUGCAAGAUCAGCAGGACGGCCUUGACCCCUCCCUAGACUUCUCUGGCCUGCAGAGAGAAGACGACGGCAGCGCUGUGUCGGCCCCCGACUCCGAACUACACUCUCCCACCUUUGACUCUACCGAGACUCCCAACGGCACCCAGCCCACAUCAACAGAGCCCGCCAGCACCACCACAUCCAUCUCCGAAGUCGCCCCGUCAGAAAAGCCCAAGCACCUCAAGAUCCCUGCAGACACAACCGCCCUGAGAGCUCGUCUUGCCGCCAAGAUCGAGGCUCUCCGCGCGGCCAGAAAGGCCGACGGGACGAACGGCAAGCCCAUUCGCACAAGGCAAGAGCUCAUCGAGGCGAGGAGAGCAAAAGAAGCCCAGCGAAAGGCCCACAAGAAGGAGCUGCGGCAGCUGGCAAAGGAGGAGGCGCAGAAGAAGCGCGAGGAGGCGCUGGCGUCCAACUCGCCGGGCGUCAUGAGCCCCAACGUCAGCCUCGACGACGCCGCCGCUCAGGGGUCCUUCGCCUUUGGGCGGGUGGCGUUUGCGGACGGCACGCAGAUGUCGCACGACCUCGGCUACUUCCUCAACAGGGGCAAGAAGAAGGGGCCGUCGGACCCCAAGACGGCCCUGCUCAAGGUGCAGCACGAGAAGAAGCGCAUCGAGGAGCUCGACGCGGAGAAGCGCCAGGACAUUGAGGAGAAGGAGACGUGGCUCAACGCGCGGCGCCGCGCCGAGGGCGAGAAGAUCCGCGACGACGAGGCCCUGCUCAAGAAGGCCGUGAAGCGCAAGGAGGCGGCCAAGAAGAAGAGCGAGAAGGCGUGGAAGGAGCGCGCGACGGGCGUCGCCCAGGCGCAGCGCGAGAAGCAGAAGAAGCGCGAGGAGAACAUCAAGCAGCGGCGCGAGGACAAGCUGCUGCGGCGGUCGGGCAAGAAGAAGAAGGGCGGCGCCUCCAAGAAGAAGGGCGGCCGGCCCGGCUUUGAGGGGAGCUUUGGGGUGGGCGGGAAGCGCAAGUGA